CGCAGGUGGGAGUCACAGUUUGCCUUCCAAGAUGCAGGUGCUAGGCGGCCCUCCACUCAGCUUGUGUCUUUUGCUGAUCAUCACUCCGUCACUGAUUGCAGCCAAUCCCCUGUGGAGUCUUGACCAGGUGGGAGCCUACCUCAGUGGCAUCUUCCGCUCCGUUGUGGGUCCAAUAUUUGGCUUUGGCCUGGCGGCCAAUAGCACCGCCUUGUAAAGCUACAUAGUUCUGCUUACCGCACCAGUCCGAAGGGAACCGGCAGCUUCUCGACCACAUCCACUACGCAAUUGUCCAGCUGCUUGAGGAUCAGUUGGGCGGCAUAGAAGCCGGCGGGCCCGGCGCCCACAAUGCAUAUCCGCUUGGUGGGCGUGGCGCCCUGGAUCACCUGCAAUCGGGCGGAACUCGUGUGGAGGCCACGUCUCAAGAUGUUUAGGCAAUUGAUGCCCAUCGUGGAUCAUUCGCCGACUUUUGGCUACUGGGACAUAAGCUCUUUCCAAUCUUACAGAAAAUCUGGCGGUUUGCUCGGUGAUCUCUUUAUAAAAGUUGUUUGCUAACGAUGAUUUGUUAUUUACUCGUUAUCUCCCGAAAGAC